ACUCUAGAGCCCGGGGGAGUCUCAAAGUUUGUCUGCAGCAGUAGUGGGGAGUGGGCUUGUCGCGCGAGGACUUUUGGGGGGAUGAGAUCUGCCUUCUUGCCUUCCUUUUGGAUGCACAGCCCGAUUUAACCCCUGCACCUUCGGCCCGAGCGAGCCCAGCAGGCUUGUCUACCCCGGGGAUUCACAGAUCUCCGAGGACACGGGUCGCGGAGCUCUCGGCGGGGCUCUCCCGGGUUCUUGCGCGCCAGUGCAUAAGUUCCACGCGCGCACACUCAAGCACUCACGGAGAGAGGCGUCUCGCCGGCCCGUGGCGGCUCUGAGAGGUUCCCUCCUGCCUCAGCAUCCCCGGCCCCGCUGGGCUCCCACCGCCAUGGAGGUGCUGGAAAGCGGGGAGCAGAGCGUCCUGCAAUGGGACCGCAAGCUGAGCGAGCUGUCAGAGCCCGGAGAGACCGAGGCCCUCAUGUACCACACGCACUUCUCGGAGCUCCUGGAUGAGUUUUCCCAGAACGUCCUGGGUCAGCUCCUGAACGACCCCUUCCUCUCAGAGAAGAGCGUGUCGAUGGAGGUAGAGCCAUCUCCGACUUCACCAGCGCCUCUCAUCCAGGCUGAGCACAGCUACUCCCUGAGCGAGGAGCCCCGGGCUCAGUCACCGUUCACCCAUGCGGCUGCCAGCGAUGACUUCAAUGACGAGGAAGUGGAGAGUGAGAAGUGGUACCUGUCUGCAGACUUUCCGUCAGCCACCAUCAAGACAGAGCCGAUCACAGAGGAGCAGCCCCCAGGACUUGUCCCCUCUGUCACUCUGACCAUCACAGCCAUUUCUACUCCCUUUGAGAAAGAAGAGUCUCCUCUGGAUAUGAAUGCUGGGGUGGAUUCCUCGUGCCAGACAAUUAUCCCUAAGAUUAAGUUGGAACCUCAUGAAGUGGAUCAGUUCUUAAACUUCUCUCAUAAGGAAGCCCCCGUGGAUCAACUGCACCUACCACCAACUCCACCCAGUAGCCACAGCAGCGACUCUGAGGGCAGCCUGAGCCCUAACCCACGCCUGCAUCCCUUCAGCCUGUCUCAGGCCCACAGCCCCGCCAGAGCCAUGCCCCGGGGCCCCUCUGCCUUGUCCACCUCUCCUCUCCUCACAGCUCCACAUAAGCUGCAGGGAUCUGGCCCACUGGUCCUGACAGAGGAAGAGAAGAGGACCUUGAUUGCUGAGGGCUAUCCUAUUCCUACCAAGCUGCCUCUGACAAAAUCUGAGGAGAAGGCCCUGAAGAAAAUCCGGAGGAAAAUCAAGAAUAAGAUUUCUGCCCAGGAAAGCAGGCGAAAGAAGAAAGAAUACAUGGACAGCCUGGAGAAAAAGGUGGAGUCUUGUUCAACUGAGAACUUGGAACUUCGGAAGAAGGUGGAGGUGUUGGAGAACACCAAUAGGACUCUCCUUCAGCAACUUCAGAAGCUUCAGGCUCUGGUGAUGGGGAAGGUCUCUCGAACCUGCAAGUUAGCCGGCACGCAGACUAGCACCUGCCUCAUGGUCGUUGUGCUGUGCUUUGCUGUUGCGUUUGGCAGCUUCUUUCAAGGCUAUGGGCCCUAUCCCUCAGCCACCAAGAUGGCUCUGCCCAGCCAGCAUCGCCUGUCGGAGCCAUACACAGCCUCCGUGGUGAGAUCCAGGAACCUGCUAAUCUAUGAGGAACAUUCUCCCCUGGAGGAGUCGUCCAGCCCAGCCUCCGCUGGAGAGCUUGGGGGCUGGGACAGAGGCUCCUCCCUGCUCAGGGCGUCCGGGCUGGAGGCCCUGCCAGAGGUGGAUCUCCCCCACUUCAUCAUCUCCAAUGAGACCAGCCUGGAGAAGUCAGUGCUGUUGGCGCUGCAGCAGCACCUGGUCAGCAGCAAACUGGAAGGGAAUGAAACGCUCCAAAUCGUGGAACUCGAGCGGCGAGUGAACGCCACCUUCUAGGGCGCCGCCCCCAGCCUUCUCUCCUCCUGACUCCAGCUGUGCACCCCCAAACUGUCUUGCCCAUAAGCUUCCCCGUCACCCUUGGACAUUGAGAAGGAUGUGGACUAGUGCUCGUGGCUUGGAAUGGGAGACCAGCCUAGGAGUUUCUUCUUGCCUGACCGUAUGGCUCUACGGAAAGGAGCUGGCAACCGCUCCGUCCCUUUCUCUUACUGCCACCAUAGAAGAGUAUUGUAGGGGUGAGGUAGGGGUGGGAGAAGAUACUGCAUGAUCCUUCCCUGUGAGGUGUGACCCCGUCGAAGAAGACUUGCAUGACUUAUGCUCAAUUGAGACCCCAGACUCUGGCCACAGAUAUGCCACCAGCACACCAGGGAGUGGCGAAGCACCGUCUGCUGACCUCCCUUGCUCACCAGGACUCCAGUGUGGCCCUGUCCCCACUGAGAGUGCCUGAAUGCCAUUCCAGCUUCUCUCUCCAUUCCUGGAACCCGCAUUGGAUGCCUGCACAGGCAGACAGGACUCCCACCAUAUUUUCAGGCCGCAAGUGCAAUUCCUGAAGGCGUCUGGCUCUUCUCCUCCAGGCCACCCUGCCUACUGUGUUGCUUGUAGGAUAACCCCCCCCCCCAAACACACACACACUACACACACAGCCUGCAUCCCCACUGGACAGCCACUCUGUCUCCCUGGCCUUCCCUCCCGAUUUGUAAAUAGUAUUUAUUAGCUUGCUGAAGCUCCCUUCUGACCGUAGUAAAGAAAUCCCAUGACCCCUUCCAACAAGCAAAGUCUUUUGGAACAGGAGAGUCCCCAGGACCUGGGACACCGCCCCCCCCCCCCCCCCCCCCUCUUUCUAGCUGAUGCCUUAUUGUCUCCCUUUCCUUCCUUUUUAAAAUUGGAAACCUAUAAAAUAAUCACCACUGGGAAAUCCCCUUAAGCAUGUGUCCCCUGUUGGAUGAAUCCAUGGGGAACGAUGGAACGCUGUCCUCUUGUUCAGGCUCCAGGCUCCAUGGCCCCUCGCUUCUCUCUGUGUGUUCCUGGGACAGAGAAGGGAAGCCCUGCCCCUGACAUUAGGCAUUGCUGACAACCUUGCUAGCUUGUCCUGCAUCCUGCCUGCUCUCCCCCUUCACCUCCCUCCUUUGCUUCUGCCCUCGCUCCACCUGCCUUAACUGUGGGGCGGGGGCUGAAGUUGGGGACAUUUUUCCACCUGCCUUAAUUGGGGGGGCGCUGGAGUUGGGGACAUUUGUCCACCUGCCUUAACUGGGGGGACUGGAGUUGGGGACAUUUGUGCACCCACAGUCAUACCUUUUACAGUCAGGUUUGGCUACUUUGCAGCUCACCCAAAGAGAUAUGACGAACCCUCAAACUCCUUUCCUUUUUUUUUUUAUAUGAUUAAAUCGUAAAAUUUGUAGUUAAAAUCCUUUUCUCUUUCAUACAAAUAAGAAAUGGAAAUUACUCUUUUAUUGUAUAAGGUAGAAGAGUCUUUUUAAGUGUUUUCCUCCUAGCUUGUAAAAGAUUUUAUGUAAGAAAUGUGCUUACACUUUGUAUUUUAUUUUUAGCAGCAGCUGAAGGGCCUUUAGUUUUGGCCUCUCUCUUCUCUCUCUCUGUCUCUGUCUCUCUGUCUCUGUCUCUGUCUCUCUCUCUCUCUCUCUCUCUCUGUCUCUCUCUCUCUCUGUCUCAUUUUUUUCCUCUGUCAUCGGUGUGACUGUUUGAGGCUAUUUGAAAGGGAUUAUGUCCACACUGGUCCUUGCAUUCCAUGUCACAUACAGGAUUUGAUGUCAUGAGUGUUUGCUGCCGUGCUCCAUGAGCGGCUUCCUAUUUGGCCUGCCCAGGUUAUGAUAGGGAGUCCUCCCUCGGCGCGUCCCUCCCUCCCAUGGUAGCUUCCCAGCCGACAGAUGGCUAAACUUACCUUGUAAUGUGUGAGACGCUCCUCAAGGCCACUGUGAUCCCGGCAGCCCUGCUGCCCACAGGGCUGUCACUGUCCCUUAAAUGCUCAGAUACCGGGACUGUACAGAGAGGAGGGUUGCUGGUGCCCUGCUUCUGUUUUCCUUGGUAUUCUGUCUUCCUUUGAUCUUCCUGGGCCUGGCCCAUCCUGUUCUUUACAAUACCAGAUGUUUAUACAUAGUAAACAUUUAAAAUGUCAUGCCUAUGAGAGCCUAAGAAGGGAGACAGAAACCAGGGUGAGGUAGUAUUUGUGUGGUGGGAAAGGGGGAGUUCGCAGUGAAGGGCAGAAGUGGGGUUUUAGACUGAUGUCUCUACAUCUGCUGAGCUGAGCCCUGGUUUGCGAUGUCCCUGGAGAUCCAGGGUGGAGACCCCGUUUGUGGAUGAGGAGGGAGAAGGAAAUGACGCGUCGUGUCUAGUUCUCUGACAACUUUAUUUCCUUCUCUACCCACUCUUGGAUGUCACUGUCUCCAGACAGCAGGGCCCUUUGUCUGCGGGAAAUUGGCCUUCCAGAAUAGAAUCUGUAACUAGAGACGUGGGACAUUAGCCAGAGGACUCAAACAGCCCUUUAAAGGAGCCCUCGGCAGCCAACACUGCCACUCUGUUGAGAAAAACUCAGCCCUCUGCCCUCUGCUGCCGGCUGGGUGAGUAGAGGGGACUGAGCAGUGACCCCCUUUGGGAUACUCAGUCAGGGGACCCCCAGUGGCAUAAGACAGGAGGGGUUGCUAGUAAUUAAUGGGUGUGUGCACACUUCGUGUUCGGAGUUUAAGGCUCGAAUAUCGGUCUUUUUCCCACCAGCUGAGCUGUUCCGUAGACCAGUCAAUAACUUCCGAAUAUCUCUGAAGGUUUUGAAUAGUGGCAGACCUUAACACCUUGAAUUGAAAUUUCGAAAAUGCCCGAGACUGCUAGACCGUUAGAGGAGCCGGAACAGUCUGCUGGUUGUAUUUUCUAUCCUAUAAACAACUCCCCAGACACACACACACACACACACACACACACACACACGCACACACACUUUAAGAUCACUUUAGUGAUGGAGAGGUCUUACAAAGAUUUAGAGAACAAGUCAUCUUUUUUCUGUAGGCGAAACCCGAGUAACCCAGUUGCCCCCUCCCUCAGGUUUUUCACUGCUCCCAACUUCACACUGGGAAAUGGAUCUUGUAAACGAGAGGAGCCAGCACCGGGCAUUGAGGAAGAGCCUCUGAAGUGUCAGGACUCUGGAGUGUAGCGCACAGAAAGAGAGUGUUCUAUAAAAAUCCGACAGCUGAACUCAGUUGCUCCUUCCUGGCACAAGGUGGGGGCGGGGUGGGAUCUGACAUCAGUGCAGGCAAAAUUAGAUAACCUUUCGGUCCAUAGCAAUAAUGUUUGUGGGUUGGGGAAACAGCUUCAGGGCUGCAUAAUUUUUAAGCUGUUUAUGCCAGGUUAACAGAUAGCCCCCCCUCAAUCAUCAGUUCUACUUGGGUGCCCCAUAGUGGCUACGAAUCUAUGUCCAACACAGCGGGAAUCCUGAACCAGUUCCUCUUCAUGCUGGUACAGAGCCCACAUCAUUAUUUUUACCAUGGAUGUUUCGUUAGCGUUCUUUCAAGCACUUACUUCAUGUCCCUUCCAUCUCAUGUGCCCAGACCCAGGGAAAGCAACAAAACAGAAUCGAAGUAUCUCUGAGCCAGCUUCUAUGGACGUACGUGCCUUGUGAGGUGUGUCUGUGAGCCCAGUGGAGGAAUAGAGACAUCUUGUCCCCCGCCUGAGGAGCAGACAUCUGCCUGACCCUGGCCAGCGUGGAGGCAUGGACAUGGGAGAGAUGCUUUUAGUUGCUAAUUUGUUUCCGCUGAGCCAAGUGUUUGAGAAACCUGGAUGAGCUUAGCACUUGCUUGCAGUCUGUUGGGACCUGUGGAGCCAUCAGUGGUGGGGUCUUAGCGAGAGCCACUUGAUGUGAACACUUCCCACAGAAACAGCACGCGGGUGAUAGGAUAAGUUACACCCCCACCCCCAAAGGCAGGCGUGGAGAUAGCAAUGAAACAGGGGCUGGAAGGAGCCAGACACAGAUUUCAGCUUCAUUCAUUUGUUCACUCAUUCAUUUGUUCACUCUUUAGACUUUGCAGUUUUACUAAGGAAGAGCAGGCUUUCUGAGACCUAGGAAAGGUUGGAGAAUAAGAGGGACUUGAAAAACCAGUUUGUCGGUAGCCAUUCGGAAGACCCAAGUACUAAUGCUAGUCUCUCUCUCUCUCUUUCUCUCCCCUCCCCUCCCCUCCCCUCCCCUCCUCUCCCCUUCCCUCCUCUCCUCUCCUCUCCUAGGUACUUAUGCCUCCAGUGUGCCUUGUAUCCAGGACGGCAGGAAUCUACUGUCCCUGGAAUGUGUCACGUAUUACCACAUAGCAUUAGAUUGAAGUUGGGGAUGGGCACUUUCUCCAGAGGCUCAGAGAUGGUUCCCUAAAAGGGAGCCACUAUUAGAAUAGCCUGUCUGGGGGAAAGAAAUGGGGUUAUAUCCAUUAGGAAUAUGUAGACAGAGGUGCAAUCACCUCAGAAGCAUGGCCAGGCAGGAUUAGAGGUAUUCUAAAUCCUCGCCACAGAGCGUUUUCUGGACGCAAAGGCACUAGGCCAUUUGAAGAUUAAUACUCCAUGCCUCUGGGCCAAGAGGUCGGCACUGUGCACUAGGAGAAAAGCAUUAGCUGUUGUUUGUGGCAACAUAAAAUUUAGGACUGCCUUCCUUUGUCUUGGUUUCUAGAAGGAAGGAGGUAUUAUUGCCUGAGUAUUUACCGAGGUGUUGUGUAUUGUGCUAGGUAAGCUUGGAGCCUUUGAACCUGAUUGGAACAGAGAGCAAAGGUGGCUCAGUGCCCUGAGAAGUGGAUGCCGCGGGAGGCAUGGUAGUUUGUGGAGUCGUUUCUGAGGACACACAGACUGUGCCUGGCUCUCUGGGCAGAAACGACGCCAUCCCCUGCAGUGACCCCGCUGUGCAGUGCUCAGCUCUCCGCCUGUCUCUGAAGGGCCAUCUGCAGGGCUGGCGGCUGCCCUUCUCAUCCUGUCUUUGGAGAGCCCAGCACACAGGCUUUGCGUCUGGGUGAAGGGAACCCAGGGGUUCAGGCUCCUUUUCUCUGCUCUGUUGCUCAUCAGCAGGGUGACCAUGGGCCCUUUGGGCACAACGUGGAGACUGUCCCUUUCAGAUAAAGCACACUGUGGGUCUCUGGCAAACACCAGCACUGGGACACCCUGUGAGUGAGCCUCCCUACAUGGAAGAGUGGUGCCCAGAUGGUAAUGUGGUUAUCGGCUGGCUUUCCUUACCUAGUUUGGCAACUGACUUCUGCUCUCUUUUGAAACACUGAAAUCAGCAUUGUUUAAAUCCAAGCACAUUGCAAGUUUGUCACCUGACCUUUUGCACUGUUUUAUGGCUUCUUAUCCUUCAUCAUAGCUAAUAAAAUACCAAAAGAUAAAAAAAAAUAAAAUGAAGCUUUGUAGUAUACUUGUACUUAGUUUGAAAAAAAUUGAAAUUGUAAUGCAUUUGUAUUUCCAUUUCUUGCAAAUAAAUAUUUUUCUUAGUCAAA